UUACAAGCUACCCUUGAAGGCCAUACCGAAAAAGUCUGCUCCCUUGCUAUUUCGCAUAACGGAUUAUUUCUGGCGUCGGGCUCUGAAGAUAAUACAGUUAAAGUAUGGAAUAUUGCAUCUGGGAAUCUAAUGCAUACUUUAACCGGUCAUCAUGAAUAUGUGUAUGGAUUAGCUAUUACUGCAGACAAUCAAGAAGUCGAUAGCGAUGACGAAGAUGAAAAUAGUAAUUGGUAUGCAGUACUUGUAUGGAGCUUAGAAAGUGGAAAAUUAAUUAGAUAUAUGGAUGGCCAUACCAAAGAAAUCACUGCAGUAGCUGUGGAUUCUUCUAGUACAUUUGCUAUAUCAAGUUCCAGAGAUAAAACAGCUCGUAUUUGGGAUUUAAAUCAUUACUAUUGUCUGCCAAAAUUAAGUGGCCAUGAACGUAAUAUUUGGUGUCUAGCAGUAACUGAGGAUGAGAAAUAUGCUGUUUCUGGUGCUUGGGAUAAAACUUUAAUUGUGUGGGAAUUAGCGACUUUCGAGAUCUAUGGUAAAAUGGUUGGGCAUACUGACAUCGUAAAAUCGCUACAGUUGUCGAAGAAUAAAUAUUUGGCUGCUAGCGGCGCUAGUGAUAAUACUGUUCGAUUAUGGGAUUUUUCUACACCACAAUGUCAACUGAUUUAUACUUUGGAAGGCCAUACAGCAACCAUUGAUCGCCUAGCCUUU